CCACUUUUUACCUUGGCGAUUUUCUUUCUUCCUCGUAUCAACCAAACCUGCAUUGAAAGGCCAACAAGAAGCUUUCCUUGUUUAAAGUCUGUCAAUUUCAACCAAAAAGGAACACUAGCAUUGAUGAAUAAUUAGGAGAGCGUCAUAGUAACUAACCAAACUUUUUCAUUCAUUUAUUCUUUCUCUUUCUAUCUCUUUCUUUCUACUACUAUUUUGAAGGUGUGUCGUAUAGCGUAACAAAAAAAUCCUACUGUUGGAAUUAUUAACUUUGCAAAAUGAUUGCUCCAGAGAAGAAGUUUUUUGAUUUAACAAGGGUCACGGGACAUAUUCCUGAAAAGGAUGUUGAGACAAUAUUCGACAAGCUCAAACCAGUCUCACCGUCGUUCAUGAUUGGUGAGUGGACUGGUGGAGACUUUGACACCGGCCAUAUUGGCCAUAAAUACCUUGAAGAUAUGCGCUGGGCUGGCAAGGCAUUUCGGUCUGUUGAUGAUGGUGACCCUAUCCUUAUUUAUAAUGACAAGGGUCAUCGGGUGUGGAACAAGGACUGGGGUCACGCCUCUCUACGGGAAAUGAUAUUUCGCGAUGUGACCUCAACAUCAAUGAUUUAUGACGAAAAGCCAAUUUUUGACCAUUUUCGUUUUAUAACAGACGACAUGGUUGCUGGAGCAAUGGAAUCACCUAAAAUGUUUGGUACGGAAAGUACGUAUUAUUUUUAUUUAACUCGCUUGAAAUAAAAAAAUGGCCAAUGCGACGGUGGGGCCCAGGCCCACAACCAUUAAAAUAUCCGUAUUGAUGCACCUUUGCUUUCCUUUGAUUGCUUUCAAAAAUUUCUUUUUUGAGUCUCGCAGGAAGUGUUGUUAAAAUCCUCUCUAUCUUUACUCUGUAGUUUUUGUCGCCAUAAUUCACGCAAAUGUGGAUAGUCAACCACGAUCUUUGCUGCAGUCUCUUGUCUCUCCAACCUCACUUGUGCAAUGCUUGCUGAAUCUAUUCAAGUUUGGUGUGUGUAACGCCAGCCAGGAUUGACCAGUGCGAAGCUAAGCCAGGAGAUACGCUCGGUUCCCCUCCAUUACCAAGUCGUUGAAAGAUCCAAGCGUUACAUUGAAACUUUUUAAGGGAAUCUAUAUAUUCAAUAAAGCUUUCAUAAGAAUUGUUCUCUACAAAAUACACCUAGGCGACGACAACACCAGUUCCCGUCCAAUCAGUGCAGUAAGUCAAAACGUCUGAGGGUCUCGUUAGUACUAUGGUUGGAG